UUUUGAAUUUCUUAAUUAUCGAUUUUAACAUCGAUAACAUGUGUUUCAAGUCGGUGUAUCAUUUCUAUACGUCAUGAUAAAAAUGAAUCAAAGAUAUGUAAAAACAACUCAGUGAUAAAACUAGCACUGAAGGUGGAAUUUAGAAAAACAAAUAUUACUGAACAAAAAUGACUCUUAAUCUUUCUGAUCCUGUGAUGAAGGGUCUUCAGCAGUUGGGCACAGAAAUAAAUAUAGACAUUUCGAAAAAGCUUAUAGCAAACACACUGAAACAUACACUUUCUUCUGAAGCAAGUGUUCCUUCAGUACCAGAUAUCUACGUUACGAAUGCAGAUAAAGCGAGACUUAGUGAAUAUGCUGUAGUAACAUUACUAGCGCUAGCUACCAAACACGGAAUUGAUGCUGGGAUUUUGCGAUCAUUUUUGGAAAAAUGUGAAAUCCAAAUAACCAUAUUAGAGGAAUUGGUACGCACCUAUGAGGAUCAUCGAAAAGAGCUAACCAUUCGUCAAUUGCAAAUAGGCAGUGAUUUUCCACAUAUUACUGAUGUACAAUGGCGCAUUAUGGCGGAUGUUCGCUCAUCUACUUCUGAUUGUAGUUCAGGCGAAGUGAGUUUUCAUGUAAAUUUUGGUCGUCAUAAUGAAACCAAUGGAGAGCGAGAAACUAUUGUCGAAUUCGUAUGUAGCACUGAGGAAAUGCAAUUACUAAUUAAUAAGUUGAAGGAAAUAGAAAGACAUUGCGAAAAAGUGGCUACAAAAUAAUCACUUAAUACAGGCGCUCAUAAAUUUAUAAACUUCGGUACGCGAAAACUGUGAACGCUUAAACAAUAUGGGAAUUAUACGUUUAAAUAACAAAACAUCAAAAAAAUUUCAUUAAAACAAAAUUUUAUUUCUUUUAAUGAAACUUAUAA